AGUCCAAAGAGAAGGGGGCCUUUAAUAGGCUCGUCCGGCGCCUGGCUUGGCUUGCUGCGCUGCGAGUGGCUGCGGCUGCAAGAAGCCGCCCGGCACCUCCCGCUAGUUCUGCGCUGCAAAUCCUCGUCCUUGCACUUGACAGCGAUUGUACUUAAGCUCCCAGGGCGCGCUUUGCUUGGAAAGGCACAGGUAGGAAGCGCGGGCUGCCGGGUGCACGCUCGCAGCCCUGGGAGGAGCCUCCCUCCCGUGGCUCUCCUUUCUGGGAGCUGCCGGCUGUCCCGGAGCGUUGGCAGUUCCAGAGUGCCGGCUGCAAGGAGACCGUGUCCGCGGCCGGAGAACCCGGCCCAGCCCCUUCCCAGAGCGCGGCGGUGCGCUGCCAGAGGCGCCAUGCUGCUUCUGGGCAUCCUAACCCUGGCUUUCGCCGGGCGAACCGCUGGAGGCUCUCAGCCAGAGCGGGAGGUAGUGGUUCCCAUCCGACUGGACCCGGACAUCAACGGCCGCCGCUACUACUGGCGGGGUCCCGAGGACUCUGGGGAUCAGGGACUCAUUUUUCAGAUCACAGCAUUUCAGGAGGACUUUUACCUACACCUGACGCCGGAUGCUCAGUUCUUGGCACCCGCCAUUGCCACUGAGCAUCUGGGCGUCCCGCUCCAGGGGCUCACCAGGGGCUCUUCAGACCUGCGACGGUGCUUCUACUCCGGGGACGUGAACGCAGAGCCGGACUCGUUCGCCGCUGUGAGCCUGUGCGGGGGGCUCCGCGGAGCCUUUGGCUACCGAGGCGCCGAGUAUGUCAUUAGCCCGCUGCCCAACGCUAGCGCGCCGGCGGCGCAGCGCAACAGCCAGGGCGCACACCUUCUCCAGCGCCGGGGUGUCCCGGGCGGGCCCUCCGGAGACCCCACCUCUCGCUGCGGGGUGGCCUCGGGCUGGAACCCCGCCAUCCUGCGGGCCCUGGACCCGUACAAGCCGCGGCGGGCGGGGUUGGGGGAGAGAAGCAGCCGGCGCAGGUCUGGGCGCGCCAAGCGCUUCGUGUCCAUUCCGCGGUACGUGGAGACGCUGGUGGUGGCGGACGAGUCAAUGGUCAAGUUCCACGGCGCGGACCUGGAGCAUUAUCUGUUGACGCUGCUGGCGACUGCGGCGCGACUCUACCGCCAUCCCAGCAUCCUCAACCCCAUCAACAUCAUUGUGGUCAAGGUGCUGCUUCUCAGAGAUCGUGACUCCGGGCCCAAGGUCACCGGCAACGCGGCCCUGACGCUGCGCAACUUCUGUGCCUGGCAGAAGAAGCUGAACAAAGUGAGUGACAAACAUCCCGAGUACUGGGACACCGCCAUCCUCUUCACCAGGCAGGACCUGUGUGGAGCUACCACCUGCGACACCCUGGGCAUGGCUGACGUGGGCACCAUGUGCGACCCCAAGAGAAGCUGCUCGGUCAUCGAGGACGAUGGGCUUCCAUCAGCCUUCACCACUGCCCAUGAGCUGGGCCACGUGUUCAACAUGCCCCACGACAAUGUGAAAGUCUGUGAGGAGGUGUUUGGGAAGCUCCGAGCCAACCACAUGAUGUCCCCAACCCUCAUCCAGAUUGACCGCGCUAACCCCUGGUCAGCCUGCAGUGCUGCCAUCAUCACCGACUUCUUGGACAGCGGGCACGGUGACUGCCUCCUGGACCAACCCAGCAAGCCCAUCUCCCUGCCCGAGGAUCUGCCGGGUACCAGCUACACCCUGAGCCAGCAGUGUGAGCUGGCCUUUGGUGUGGGCUCCAAGCCCUGUCCUUACAUGCAGUACUGCACCAAGCUGUGGUGCACUGGGAAAGCCAAAGGGCAGAUGGUGUGCCAGACCCGCCACUUCCCCUGGGCUGAUGGCACCAGCUGUGGCGACGGCAAGUUCUGCCUCAAAGGGGCUUGUGUGGAGAGACACAACCUCAAUAAGCACAAGGUGGAUGGUUCCUGGGCCAAAUGGGAGCCCUACGGCCCCUGCUCACGCACAUGUGGUGGGGGUGUGCAGCUGGCCAGGAGGCAGUGCACCAACCCCACCCCUGCCAACGGGGGCAAGUACUGCGAGGGAGUGAGGGUGAAAUACCGAUCCUGCAACCUGGAGCCCUGCCCCAGCUCAGCCUCUGGAAAGAGCUUCCGGGAGGAGCAGUGUGAGGCUUUCAAUGGCUACAACCAUAGCACCAACCGGCUCACUCUGGCCGUGGCAUGGGUGCCCAAGUACUCAGGCGUGUCUCCCCGUGACAAGUGCAAGCUCAUCUGCCGAGCCAAUGGCACUGGCUACUUCUAUGUGCUGGCACCCAAGGUGGUGGAUGGCACGCUGUGCUCUCCUGACUCCACCUCCGUCUGUGUCCAAGGCAAGUGCAUCAAGGCCGGCUGCGAUGGGAACCUGGGCUCCAAGAAGAGGUUUGACAAGUGUGGGGUGUGUGGGGGAGACAAUAAGAGCUGCAAGAAGGUGACAGGACUCUUCACCAAGCCCAUGCAUGGCUACAAUUUCGUGGUGGCCAUCCCCGCAGGCGCCUCAAGCAUCGACAUCCGCCAACGCGGCUACAAGGGGCUGAUUGGGGAUGACAACUACCUAGCUCUGAAGAACAGCCAAGGCAAGUACCUGCUCAACGGGCACUUCGUGGUGUCGGCAGUGGAGCGGGACCUGGUGGUGAAGGGCAGCCUGCUGCGAUACAGCGGCACGGGCACGGCGGUGGAGAGCCUGCAGGCUUCCCGGCCCAUCCUGGAGCCGCUGACCGUGGAGGUCCUCUCCGUGGGGAAGAUGACGCCGCCCCGGGUCCGCUACUCCUUCUAUCUGCCCAAAGAGCCUCGGGAGGACAAGUCCUCCCAUCCCAAGGACCCCCGGCUCCCCUCCGUCCUGCACAACAGCGUCCUCAGCCUCUCCAACCAGGUGGAGCAGCCGGACGACAGGCCCCCUGCGCGCUGGGUGGCGGGCAGCUGGGGGCCGUGCUCUGUGAGCUGCGGCAGCGGCCUGCAGAAGCGGGCGGUGGACUGCCGGGGCUCCCCGGGGCAGCGCGCGGUCCCUGCCUGCGAUGCAGCCCAUCGGCCCGUGGAGACGCAGACCUGCGGGGGGCCCUGCCCCACGUGGGAGGUCAGCGCCUGGUCACCCUGCUCCAAGAGCUGCGGCCGGGGAUUUAAGAGGCGCCCACUGAAGUGCGUGGGCCACGGAGGCCGGCUGCUGGCCCGGGACCAGUGCAACCUGCGCCGCAAGCCCCAGGAGCUGGACUUCUGUGUCUUCAGGCCGUGCUGAGUGCAGUCAUCCCUUUCUCCCCCCUCACUCUCCACCCCACUGAUGUGCCAGUGUUCUGCCAGCUGGAGCAGUGGGCAGAGGACGGUGGCCAGGGGCUCACGCCACGAUGUCACCCACAUCCAGGGACAAAGACCAUGAGCUAGGACGAGAGGUUGCCUCCUCCUCCCUGGACUGGGCAGAGGGAAGCCCAGGAACUCCCGCGCAGUCUACCUCAGGCCCUGCUCCUCAGGUUGGUUGUGGGGAGAGGCUUUGAGGUGCAGGUGCCGGGCAGAAGGUGCUGAGGCCCAGUUUCCAAGGGACUUCGAGGAUAAGCACCUUCCAGGCAGAACUUCAGGGACCCUGGCCCCCGGAAGGGAGGCCACAGGCUGCUGGAAGAGCCAUGUCCCAGCAGCUUGGCACCCUCAGGUGGCCCCAUGGGCUCUGAGCCGUGUCUGAACAAGGCAGGGUUUUUACGGUGCUUUUAGCCCACUUUUCUUUUCGGACUGACAAGGACUAAGCAAUAAAAACUGGCUGGGGCUGGGCAGAAGCCAUGGGGAGAGUGGGAUUAGGGCCCCUGGAGCCUGGCCACUCCACCUUGGAGGAUGUGGAUGUGCAGGGGGAGUCCUGAGGUUUCUCACCCUGCACUCUUGGCCCUCCCUUACAGAAGCAGCCUCUCCUCCCUCCGACGUGCAGGGGGUGGGACCAGUGGGAGGGCUGCCAUGGAAGUGUCCUCUGAGGCUCUGCAGGUAGGGGAGAAAGUCAGUAGGGAGCCUGCCGUCUUCUUCAGGAUGGAGCCAGCCGUUACAGAAAGAUGUUGACACUUGCUAGGGGUGAUGGAGUCUAUGGCUGAUGCAGGGAGUUUGGGGGAAGUUCUGGAGGUUCUGCUGUCAUUGGGCUGGGGUUGGUGCUGAGCUCUGGGCCUGGCUUUGGGGGGUGUCACCCUGGGAUAGGGAGGAGGAGGCUGCAGUUCUGAUGGCUUCCUCCUCCACAGAGGCACAUAUACGCAGGCUCUCGGUGGAGGGUCUGUGUCACCUCAGAGAGCCCUGACAGCGGCCACAGUCUUGCACCCACUGUUAGGGAUGGGACGUGCCUAGGAGGGCUAGGUGCUGAAUACCUAUGUGCCUGUAAACUCGUCUUCAUUCCAACAGCUACUGCUGUCUUCCCUGGGCACGUCACACUGCAUCCCCAGGUCUUCGCUUCUCCACUGUUUGCUACCUCAGAUUAUGCUCACUGGGAACCCAGCCGUGUCCCUCCCCUGGAACAGUGGUGACCUGGUCUUCCACCACACUCAGUCUUUGGAGACUGAGCUGUCCAGCCACUGGGAUGAGGCCUGCUCCCCAUAGUCCCUACUGGGACUCCAAAGCUGAAGCUAGGGCCUCUUUCUUCAGACUUCUGGGGAGUAGCUUUCAGGAGGCACCAAGAAUCAAUGAUUGACCCAGGGGGCCUGGCAGCCACUAGUAUGAACUGCUGGAGACUUGUCUGUCUUAUAGACAUGUCAGGAAAUAGAAACAGGCAUUUUCCAUAGCUCCAAGUAGGGAGAUAUUUUGGGGUUAGAGCUUCUUUGGCUAAGCUGGGUGUUUUUUGAAGGUUCAGUUGCCCUACUGUGUACACAGGACAUUCUGCUUCUGAGUGUUGGUGAUGAAUCCAGGACCUCAGUGGAGAACUUGAGCUAAGAUCAAAGCAUGUGUCUUCCUGGGGGAGAAGAGUUCAGUUCUAUUAUGUGGGUUUCCCUAAUAGUCAGAAUCCAUAAACCAAGUAGCCAGCCAGCCAAGCCUCUGGGAUGAUGUUCUCACCCAGGUCUAACGCGGGGCUGGAGCCCUUGGACAGAGUUCAUGCAAGGGCAGAGGAGGUGCCAGUCUCUGAAGCAGGGCUGGAGUCACCCCUGAAGGAUUGAGUGAAGGGGAACCCCUCUGUGCCAGUGAGCACUGUGGGGCUACAGGGACAAAAGGGACCAGGAUACCAGGCAGAAGCUGAUCCUUGCUAGCCGACGACAGCACUGCGCCCUGUGCUUGGUGCAUUCCCUCCUUGAAGAUGAGAGGGUGGCACGGGGGCUGUGCAGGAUGGCAGGGGGAGAGGGUGGGUGGGAAGACAGGUGCCAUCGGUAGGAGGCUGGCCUCCAGGAGAGCAGGGUGACUUUUGCCAUCAAUCACUUUACAAGCCAUUUCAAAGAAGGACAGCCACUCUGGCUCCUGACACAAGCCAGGCCUCAGUGCUUUUAUCUGUUGUGGUGUUUUUUCUUUUUUCUUCUUUCCCUGUUUAAAAGAAGCAUGACCAAGACAACCUAGAGAGUUUGUCUUGUUUGCCUUUGACUAUUUCCUUAAUGCAACCAUGCUCUCCAGGGCUGAGCAGAGACUAGACUUAAGGCACAGGUUUCUGGCGAUGGAGUAAAGUUACAGUGGUAUCUUAUGUCUACAGAAGAGGAACAUUCUGAAAGCCCCAACAGCUUCUUCAGUGGGAUGUGGACCAAUACGGCUUUGGGUUCAGGAUUCCCUAGCCUCCUUUGCCCAUUGCUUGCACUGAUUGGAGGAGUCUGGCUCAAACACUCUUACGGACCUCGUCAUGCUGGAGUGGGGUCUGGCAGGAGCUGAUGACAGUCUCAGGGACUUCAGCGUCCCUAGCCUGGCAGUUGGCUCCUGGAAGCACUAGACACUGACCCUCAUUGGUAGACCUUCCCUCCCUGCCGUUGUGUUUGGUUCUUUUGCAUUCUAUGUACUGCAGAAGGAUGGAAGGACCUGGGUGCUGGCUGGGCUGUGUAUACUGUGUAUACAGGGGAACUGGCUGCUGAGGUGACCACAGCCUACUCCUAAUAAAGCUGUAAGUAUUUAAAAUCUG